AUGCUGCUGGGGCCUCCUCACUCUUACUGCAUUGUGGAAAAGUGGAGGGGGUUCGAGAGGAUACUUCCCAACAAAACUAAAAUAUUGAGACUCUGGACAGCCUGGGGAGAGGAGCAGGAGAACGUGAGGUUUGUGCUGGUCCGGAAUGAGGCCUCGCUGCCUAAUAUAGGUCCCAGAAGCGCCGAGGCCAAGGUGGUCCUCAGCAGGGAGAGCCCAUGUCCUUUCAGAGGAGCUACGAAGGCCACGGCGGUGUUGACCCAAGAAAGGCAGCGCAGGGUGGUGAGGAAGGCUUUUCGCAAGCUGGCCAAGAUGAACAGAAAGCGGCAGGAGAGUUUAUCCAGAGAGUCCAACUCCGUGGAGAAGAUGGAAACGCUGGUACAUCUGGUUCUCUCCCAGGAUCACACCGUCCGUCAGCAGGUGCAGCGGAUCAAGGACCUGGACAGAGACAUAGAAAGGUACGAGGCUAAAAUCCAUUUUGACAGGAUGAAAAAACACGGGGUCAACUACGUCCAAGACACCUACCUGGUCGGUGUGGUCCCUGAAAAGUCUUGCGACGGCGAUAAGGAAGACCAAGGUUCUUCAGACCAACUUUUUGUUGACUUUGAGGACUAUGCUGAGAAAUGCGAGGGGGUCUUGUUACUGCAAGAUCAGAUCACACAGCAGGAGGCCUUGAUCGAACAGAUCACUGCCCAAAUCCAAGAGGAGCUCAACAAAAGGUGGAUGGACCGGCGUCAAGAGGAACUGUCCUCCUCCAAAGACCAGGACACGGACUCCACGAGCGGCGACCCGGAGGAUUGUGAGAACGAACUCUUCCUGGAGCAAGAAAGGGUUAAAACAGAGCUCGGUACCAGUCUCUACAUAGGAUUGAGACUGAACACUGACCUGGAGGCCAUCAAGGCCGAUUUGGAGUACACCCAAGAAGUGUGGGACGAGAAGGAGAAAGAACUGCAAAGCCUUUUGCAGAGCCUGAGCACCGUGGAACUCUCCGAACCUCAGGAGGACUCUGAGGAGCACAGUCCAGGGUGUUCCCAAGUUGUGGAGAGGAGCUCUGUGGACGCUCCAAACGUUUGGGUGGAGAAGGAGGUGGAAAGGUGUACAAACUGCGAAGGGAACGACGAAGAUUCGGACACGGGAUUAAGUUCCAUGCAUAGCCAGGACUCGGAUUCUGCACAAGUCUGUGAAUCUUUGGUAUAG